AUGCGAAGCAAGCAAUAUACGCCGAGCCAGCGCCGGAGCUCCAAGGUCCUCCCGACCACCCAGCACGUCAGCGACCCACUAGACGAGAGUUGCGACGGAGGCGGCGGGGACCGCGAACGGUGGAUCUUGUACCCAAGCCACCAGUUUCGCGUCAUUUGGGACGCCAUGAACCUCGUCUUGCUCGCGUACGUGUGCACGGUGGUCCCGUACGUCUCGAGCUUCUACUCGGUCGCGGUACGCGCUCUUCUCAUCGCACGGUUGCUCAGCGACUUCCAGGACUAUCAAGUGAGUCAGUGGGUCAUUGCCGACAACAUCACCGACAUGUUGUAUGCCCUCGACAUUGUCAUCAUGUUUCGUUCGGCCUACGUGGACCCAAAGACGGGCGACGUUGUGUCGAGUCCGCGCCAAAUUGCUGCCAUGUACGUCCGCGGCUGGCUCGGUUUCGAUGUGUUUGCAACAUUCCCGUGGGACACGGUGUUUCGAGCGCUCUGGUCGGCCCAGACGCACGCGACCCAGUUGCCGCGGCUCCUGCGCGUGCUUCGCCUUACGCGCAUCGCCAAAGUGCUGCGCGUGCUCAAGGUGCAAACGUUUGUCGAAUUUUGCGAAGACAAGUUGAACAUCAACCGCAACUACAUUGUGGUCUCCAAGCUCCUGUUGUGCAUUUUGUUUGUGGCGCACUUUACCGCGUGUGGCUUUUACUUUAUCGGGACGACCAUCAACGACGACUAUGCGGCCGGCAUGGCCGCGCAAGACCCAUCGACGUCGUGGAUCGCGUACGCCACGUUUGCCAAACACAUUUGGCAGACAACCUACUCCAAGCUCGACAUGUACAUUUCGUCGCUCUACUUUGCGUUUACGAUGAUGGCGACGGUCGGGUUUGGUGACUUUGUGCCUGUGACCAUCACGGAGCGCAUGUUUACGAUUGUCGGCAUGGUCGUGUCGGCCGGCACGUAUGCGUUUAUGAUUGCGAGCGUCUCGUCGAGCGUGGCGUCGAUGAACGUGACCAAAAAUCGAUAUUUCGAGCGCCUGAACGAGCUCAAUGCGUACAUGGAGUCGCGCGGCCUCCCGGGGCCGCUGCAGCUGCGCACACGGCGGUAUUAUCGGUACUUUUUACAGCGCAAGACCGUCUACGACGAAAGCCGCAUCCUCGAAGACCUUUCGUCGUCGCUCCGCGAAGAAAUCACUGACCACUACAUUCGCAUGACGAUCAAAAAUAUCACGUUUUUUCAAGAUGUACCCAAGGGUUUUACGGCGUACAUUGCUGUCUACUUGAAGCCGCUCUUCCUCUCGCCGCAUUCGACGGUUCUCAAGAUGGGCGAGUAUGGCAGUGAGAUGUUCAUCGUGGCGCGCGGCGUCCUCCAAGUGUUUGAGCCGACGCACACACCGGAUGGCGAGGAAGCCGACGAUAUCGAAAUUUCAUUUCUUUUCGACGGCGACCAUUUUGGGGAAAUGGCGCUCCUGCUCGAGGAGCAACAAGGGAAGCGCACAGCGAGUGUCCGCGCCAAAAUCUACUGUGAGCUCCACGGCCUCGAGUACAAGCAUCUGCAAACCGGCCUCACGCGGUACCCGUCGGCGAUGGACAAGCUCAUGGGCGUCGCGCUGCACCGAAAAUGUCUUGUGACGAACCUUCGCAAGACAAAAAUCACCAACCUCAUCACCAGCGUGCAGAAGAAAACCAUCGACAAGCGCUUCAAGAAAUUGGCCGCCGAGAAGCGCUUCCAGCGCGACCCAACGUCUACAUGGGGGCUGCCCCGCCUCUUCAAGCGCUAA